AACAUAAACGUAAGAACUAUUUGUGUAUUUUUAGGAAUAUAAACGUGUUUUAAUUAUUUGUUAAUAUUUUUAUUUUGAGAAAAACAAACGGAGCCAUUCAUUUGUCUUCCAUGUUUUUAAAUGUUUUUCCAUGUUUUUAAAUGUUUUUCCUCUCUUCGCCUGCAUUAACAAAUAACACACCACCUUUUGUCCAAAUUCCUGCUCUUUUUGUUAAUGUUUACGUUAAAUCAACCAUUUUUUUUUCUAAAACCUUAAUCUUAUAGAAAGGGAGAGUUUAUCAUACAUGCCCAGGAUGCUUGAAUGUGAAAUUUGUAACAACCGCUGUCGUUUAUUUCUAAAGCAAAUAUAUACGUUCUAACUCAAACUCUGAUGAUAGGGUAUCAAAAGGGUAGUUAAUUGGCUUUUGCCUUUGUUUGAUAUACUACUUCGUACUUCCAGUUUCAGGCAGCCAAGAAUGAAGAAGAAAUCUCCAAUAUACCCGAAAUAUGAAAUGGGUGCUUACGGAAGCGAUAGAUUUGAUCCUCAUCUGGACUUUUCCCAGUUCUUGGCAGAAGCUAGACACCAUGCAAGAGGAGUAGAUUUCCAGAGCUCAUCAUUGCGUCCAGAAGAAAAUGUGAAGAAAAGAUCGCCGGAAGAGAAAAAGUGCAAGAAAUCGUGGAAAAACUCUCUCUUUUCAUGGUGGAAAACUAACAAAAAAUGCAAGCCGGCUCAGGUGGAAACGGCAACUAGAACUAGUUCUUACAAUUCUAUUCCAAGACGUCGUCUUGCGUCUGGUCCGGUAUAUGGCAGUGGUAAGACCAAUGAUGGGAAUGGGAGGCACAGCCGUUCAACAUCUGGGCCUCUCACUGGUCUUUUCAACCCCACAAAGACGUCGGAGAAUGAAAUUCCUUACACGUGUCUUGACCGGCUUGACAGACCUCCUGCCGUUCAGACCUAUGGCCCUCUUUACCUGGUAACGUAGUAUACGGACAUGAACAAGUUGUUGACUCAAGCUUCAAGAGUUCAUUGAUCUGAUGUGAAAUUUGGGGAAAGACUCUCGGAACAUUUUGUUGAGAUGAAACAAAUUGAUUUCUAAAUUCGCUGUGAUGGGCAUCCAAUUGGAUCAUUUUGUUGAAAAUGCAAUGACAACUUCAUUUUAAUUACCAUGAA